AUGGUUCUUCCAAGUGGAGACCAGCAAAUCAUGAUUUUAGCAUCAAAAGCACUAGGCAAAUUGGCUGCACCUAACGGUGCAGUAACAGCUAUUUUCGUAAUGCGUGAAGUUAAUACUGCUUUGGAAUAUUUGCAAGGAGAUCGUCAGGAGUUACGAAGAUAUGCAGCAGCACUUAUACUUCGUGAACUUGCACAAAAUGCGCCGACACUCGUGUAUGGGCAUGUACCAGCAAUCUUAGACUCAAUAUGGGUUGGAUUACGCGAUCAGAAACAAAUAAUAAGGGAGGCCUCUGCAGAAACUUUGAGUGCUUGCCUUAAAAUUGUGUAUGAACGUGAAAGUGUAUUAAGGAUUCAGUGGUAUAACAAGAUAUACGAAGAAGCCAUAAAGGGUAUAAAAAGUAAUAGUACAGAUCAGAUUCAUGGAGCGUUAUUGGUAUACCGCGAAUUGCUAAAUCAUGCACAGGCAUUUAUGCACGAAAAAUAUAAGCACGUUUGCGAAACAGUGCAUCGCUAUAAAGACCAUCGUGAUGGUCUUAUUCGACGAACCGUUAUUUCCUUAAUACCAGUUCUUGCAGAAUUUGAUGAUAAAGAAUUUGUAGCUACUUAUGUUCAAAAAUUCAUGUCGCACCUCUUGCUGCAGCUCAAGAAAGAUCGAGACAGAUCCAUUG